CCAAGGAAAUCCUGUCUCCUGAACAAUGAAGAUCUUAGACCCGGGCUAACUCUUAGAUGUGCAGACCCUUUGUGAACCCUUCCUUGCUCCUCUGGAGCAGAUGCUGAGGCUCUUUGGAGGGACCUUCUCCCGUCUCACACGGCGCCUGCGUGACAGCAGAGGAAGCAGCGGGAGAGCCACAACCCCUGUGCCCGAGCGCUGAGCCAUGCUGGGCCGGAAAACACGACUGCCCCAGGACCUGAACAGCCACCGCCAGCUGAGCCAGGCCUGCCAGGAGGCCGUGUCCCUGCAGACACGGGCGGCCAAGGACACGGAUGUCAGCUUGGAGGUGUUCAGCGGCUCCACGCCGGAGAUCAAGCCCAGCCGCAGCCGAGCCCAGCAGAUGCGGGACAGGAAGGGGCGCAAGGCUGAGCUCAAGGACUCCAACGGCAGAGAGGCAGAGACAAUCACCUUUAUCUCUGGCACAGCAGAGGCUCCCCCAAACCAGAGCUUGUGCUGCUCCUCUCUGUCUCAGGCCUGGAACACGUACAAGGCUGUUUUCUGUUGUAUAGUGACCUGUGGGGGCUGCUUCCAGGACUGCAGUGUCUGUAUCCCCUACCCGGGGCCCACCGAGCCCUCCACUGACGAUGGAAAGAACGGAGACUAUAACGGGCGGCUGCCAAACAGCCCCACCAACGUCUCCCCUGCUGAGAAGAAUGGGAACCAGAUCAAAAAGUCCAGCAUGGGCAGCAGUUUCAGUUACCCAGAUGUGAAACUCAAGGGCAUUCCUGUCUACCAGAACAGGAGCCCCAGCCACCAGCUGGAGUCGGAUUCCUGCUGCAAGGAGCUGCUGGAGAAGCCCUUCAGGAACAGCAUAGAAAAGCCGCCGCUCCCCAGCAGCCACCGGAGCUCGGAGGAGUAUUAUUCCUUCCACGAGUCUGACGUGGACAUCAGUGAGCUGAACGGCUCCAUGUCCAGCAGGCAGAUCGAUGUCCUGAUCUUCAAGAAGCUGACGGAGCUCUUCAGCGUCCACCAGAUCGACGAGCUGGCCAAGUGCACCUCGGACACCGUCUUCCUGGAGAAGACCAACAAGAUCUCGGACCUCAUCAACAGCAUAACUCAGGACUACAACCUGGACGAGCAGGAUGCCGAGUGCAGGCUGGUCCGAGGCAUCAUCCGCAUCAGCACCCGCAAGAGCAGGGUCCGGCCCCACAUUUCCCUCCCGGGCGGCCAGAGCCACGAGGGGAAGUCCAGCCGGGGCAACGCGCCCGACAGCGGCAACGAGACGAUGCUGGAGUCCAUGGUCAUCAGCCAGGAUGAUUUGGCCGUGCAAAUAUCGGAAGAAACGCCGGCAGAUGUGAUGGCCCGGAACAUGAGGCGGCACAGCAGCGCAGGCUCUCCAACAAGCAGAGAUUCCUCUUUCCAAGACACAGAGACUGACUCGUCUGGGGCACCUCUGCUUCAGGUGUAUUGUUAAAGGACCGAAGCAUUCCAGGGCAGGCAUUCCAGGGCUUUGCUGCAGUCACAUUCCUCCUCUUUCCACAUGGAGUGUGCUUGGGCCACUUUUUUUCCCCCCCAGCCCAGUCUACCCUGGUCCUUUAUUGAAGCCAAAUUCCUCCUGCUGCCUGAAUUUCACCGGAUAUUUGGAGUUUUUUUCUGGACGAUACAAAACAUCGAGGAGGAGAACUGUGGAGCUGAUGAACUUGGGAGGCGGAGUGUGUGCCCAGGGAGGAGAAGAUGGACAAGGAAGUAUCAGAUAACUUGUGCCUCUGUGAUUUCUGUAAAUUUAAACAUUUAGCUCCUGCAGCCUCAGUGGCCCAGCCCUUUGCCUGCUUUGGGGAUCUGUUGUACAGUUCUUGCUUCCUGGCAUUGCCUGAGUUAACUUGGGUAGGGGAUGACUGGGUGGUGUCUCUGUGUUGGUGCUGAUGCUGAGGUGAGGCUCUAGAGACCCAAAUCCCCCUCUAGGGACCCAAAUCUCUGUUUAAAGUGGCUGGGUUGGUCCCCAAAAACCUGUGUGCUUGCAGUAGCCAGAUCUACCUUCUCCCUGCUGACCCUUGGUGUCAUCUCCUGCUGCCUCGUGAGGAGAAGGUUCAGGUAAAAGGAGUUAAUUUAAUUUUUGGCCUCUUGGUGUGUCUCCUGAGACAGGGGAGGUGGGAUGGCUGCUCAGCUGCUUCCUUCACCCCCCUUGAGCAGACUAAGGGGAUCAGCUCUGCCAGCCUGAUGUGAACUGAAGCUGUGAGGUGUUCCCAGGAGCACACACUGACCUGGGACUUCCCUGCCAGUCCCAGCUCUUCCUCACUCCUCCGCCAAGCCCAUCCUGCUGGGCGAGCCUGGAAGCAGGACUGUGGCAGGUGGGGGAAACUCUUUCUAACUUCCUUGUGUUUGCUAGAAAGUGCCUUAAAAGUGGCUUGCUUUGAAAGGAAAAGGCUCCUGAGAGUGUCUGCAGGGGAUUUGCGAAGCACUGCUGGUCCUUUCCUUCCCCUCAGCACCUUCUCCUUCCCUUUGCUCCUCUCCAGCAGGCAGUGGGAAGCAGGAGAUGGGGCAAUGCUACCCCCAGGGCACAGUGCCAGGUGACCUUGAGGGCUGCAGCACUGCAGCAGGAGGAAGCUGGAUCUGUGGUGUUGCCACUUGGUUGUUUAUCAGAAAGUAAACACGUGCGGCCACGGGACUUGUUUAUACUUUUGGGUGUCCUUGGACGUGAAUAGAAAACACUUGGUUGGAUUUACCAGCCGUGGAAUGAACACACCCACUGGUUUUGGGAGAGAGGGAACCCAAAAUAGGCCCUGUGCUUUGGUGUGGACUGUGUUUUUGUGCCUUAGUUGGACUGGAAUGCGUUUUAAUUGGACUAAAAGGUGCCUUAAUUGAACUGAAAUGUGCCU